CCCUCCCUCCGUUCCCGCGAAGCGCCGCUCGAGACGUGCAGCGAUGCCUCCGCAGCCCGCAGACGGAGCGAUACAGGGACACGCUACAGCGCGUGGGACCCCGACGUGCAGGUGACGUCCUGUACGAUACACCCCGAUUCGUUCCAUCCUCGAGGCAAAGAAGCACUUUCAGCACAACCCACGGGAGUAAAAAAACAACCCCCCCCCCGAGGCGGUUUCUCGGACGCGCUGCGUUGGAAAGGUGGAAAAAUGUGCUCGCGCAGAGGACGAGGAACCUGGAAUUAAGCAAAGGGGAAAAAAGAUGCCAAAAAUGAGACCAUAAAGAAGAGCUGGUUUUUGGGGCCUGUGCAGACUUCCCGCGGCAGCGGCUGGAUGACGAUGACCAUGAAAGGCCUGUCCAGCAGCCGCAGUCACCACCACGCGGUGACCUGCGACCCCUCCUACGACUCCAUGACCCUGGGGCACUCGGACCGCCGGUCCUACUUCCUCAACCCGGGGGAGGCCCACCCCGGUGAGCGGCCCUGCUACGCCCAGCGCAACUCCUUCCAGUCGGAGUGCAGCGCGUACCCCGACCUGGCCAGCUGCACCUUCCCCCGCAGACAUUACAGCUCGCACCACGAGCUGAAGGGCGAGUGCGGCGCCGUGGUGCCUUACGUCGGGCCGGCGGGUUGCGGCAAGGGGGGCGGAGGAGGAGGAGGAGGCGGCGGCGGAAACAACAACAACCGCAUCCCUUCGAACCUGCUGGAGCAGUUUGAGCGGCAGGCGCCGGUGCGGCGCGAGGGCUACCACACGCUGCAGUACAAGCGCACGGCGGUGGAGCACCAGCGCAGCGACAGCCCCGGGCGGAUACGCCACCUCGUGCACUCGGUGCAGAAGCUCUUCACCAAGUCCCACUCGCUGGAGGGGCCCUCGGGGUCCGGUGGCGGUGGCGGAGGGGCCGGGAGGAUGAACGGCAGCAAGUCCAGCCCCGAUGACCCGCCCUCCUCGUCGGGCACCCUGAAGCACGGCAAGCGCGGCAAGAGCAAAGACCGCUCCAAGUCCGAGCCGAAGAUGCGCGGCGCCAUCUCGGGCUACUGGAGCUCGGACGACACGCUGGACCGAGAGAUGUGCCUCUACCACCACCACCAUCGCCACGGCGGGGGCCCGCCCACGGGGGUCAUGACCAUGGGGCGCCACCCGGAAAAGUCUCAGUCGCAGUACUUCAUGGAGUCCUACAACACCAUCAGCGCGCACUCGCUCAAGACGUCGCGCAGCAACAACGACGUGAAGUGCUCGACGUGCUCCGGGGGCGGCGGCGGCGGGGGGGGCGGCGGCGUGGCGCUGGCGGGACCCCCGGACGGACAAGUGCAGUUGAAGAAGAGCUCGUGGUCUUCUACUCUGACGGUGAGCAGAGCGAGGGAGGUCUACCAGAAGGCCUCGGUCAACCUGGAUAAAGCUCUAGUGAAGGCCGAGCAGGGACGCACCUGCCACUUCCUACAGGUGCCUCAGGACGACUGGAGCAGCUUCUCCCCGCUGGGGAAGGACGACGAGAUCCCGUGCCGGCGGAUGCGCAGCGGCAGCUACAUCAGGGCCAUGGCGGAGGAAGACAGCGGCGAUUCGGACUGCAGCCCCAAACCCUCGCCCAAGGUCCAGGCCCGGCGAGCCAGCUACCUGAAGGCCACGCAGCCGUCCCUCACGGAGAUGACCACCCUUGAGAUUUCCACAGAGCACUCGCCCAAGCUGCAGAUCCGGAGCCACAGCUACCUGCGGGCGGUGAGUGAGGUUUCCAUCAAUAGGAGUCUGGACAGCUUGGACCCGGCGGGGCUGCUGGCCUCGCCCAAAUUCCGCUCACGAAACGAGAGCUACAUGAGAGCCAUGAGCACCAUCAGCCAGGUGAGCGAGGUGGAGGUGAACGGGCAGAUCGAGGCCGUGUGCGAGUCGGUGUUCAGCGAGAUGGAGUCGCAGGCGGUGGACGCCCUGGACCUGCCCAUCCCCAACUGCUUCCGCGUGCGCAGCCACAGCUACGUGCGCGCCAUAGAGAAAGGCUGCUCGCAGGAGGACGAGGAGGCCGGCGCCUCCAGGACCAACUCGGCCCCGCGCAGCAGCACCACCACCACCACCACCACCGUCAGAACCAUCCAGAGCAGUACAGUGUCAUCAUGCAUCACCACCUACAAGAAAACGCCUCCCCCGGUCCCACCACGGACCACCCCGUCCAAACCCUUCAUAUCCAUCACGGCGCAGAGCAGCACCGAGUCCGCUCAGGACGCCUACAUGGACGGGGGCUCGGGCCCGCGGAGCGGCAUCAGCUCCCAGCCGGGCCUGUCCAACUCCACGGAGAGCAUCGACAGCAUGAAGGCCCUGACCGCCGCCAUCGAGGCGGCCAACGCUCAGGUGCACGGCCCGGCCAGCCAGCACGUGACCAACAGCACCGCCGCCGCCGACGGCCGGGCGCAGAGGGAGGCGCUCCGCAAGUGCCUCUCCGUCGGGAUCCAGGUGGAGCCGGAGGAAGGAGGGCCGACGGAGGAGCAGUCUAAAUUCCAGUCGAUCGGAAUUCAGGUUGAGGAUGAGCGCUGCUACCGGCGGAUGACGCGCUCCAACAGCGUGACCACGGCGGUGCAGGCCGACCUCGACGACCCCGCGGACGCCUCGCGCCCGCCCCCGCGCCACUGUGCCACCAUGCCGCGCCAGCUCUCCCGCGGCGACGCCUCCUCCUCCUCCACCGUCAGCAUCCAGGGCUCGGGGAACCACUACCACGCCUGUGCCGCCGACGACUUCGGGGAGGCGGGGUUCGACCCUUCAAUCCUGCCCCCGCCGGACCCGUGGAUGGACAGCGUGGCGGAGCCGGAGGAGGAGGAGGCCGGGGCCCCGGGGGCCGCGGGCCGGUCGGUGUGCCCCCGCGACGGCCGCUGGUUCCUCAAGCUGCUGCGGGCCGAGACGGAGCGGAUGGAGGGCUGGUGUCGGCAGAUGGAGCAGGACGAGGUGGAGAACGAGCUGCCCGACGAGAUCCUGGGGAAGAUCCGCAGUGCAGUGGGGAGUGCCCAGCUGCUGAUGUCCCAGAAGUUCCAGCAGUUCCGGGAGCUGUGUGAAGAGAAUCUGAACCCAAAUGCCCACCCACGGCCCGUCUCCCAGGACCUGGCCGGUUUCUGGGACAUGCUCCAGCUGUCCAUCGAGAACAUCAGCCUAAAGUUCGAUGAGCUUCACCAACUCAAAGCCAACAACUGGAAACCUCUGACUCCUCCGGAGAUUCAGGAGAGGAGGAUGCCUCCCCCCGUGCCAAAGAAGCCCCCGAAGGGCCGCCACCCUCCGCUGGCUAGGGACCGCUCGCUGGAGAGCUCUGAGCGCCAGCGCCUAGAGGCCCGCAAGCGCCUGCUCGCUGCCAAGCGCGCCGCCUCGGUUCGGCAGAGCUCUGCCACCGAGAGCGCAGACAGUAUCGAGAUCUAUAUCCCCGAGGCCCAGACCAGACUAUGAGCGACGCGGAUGCAUGUACCCGCACACGUGCCCGACGACACACUGUUCCGUACACACUGAAGCGCUGAAUGGUAAGGCCAGGGCGCUAACAUGAGCGUAUCACAUUGUUUUGCCGACUCCCCCCCGGUACCACCGUGGGAUUGGGCACAAUGGAAGAAGAACAAGAAAUGUACAUUUACAGCAUUUAUUUAUUCAUUUAUUUAUCUAUUGACCCCACUCCUCCUUCAUUUCCUUCUCCCAGCUUUGAUGUAGCAGUCCCCUCCUCACUUACAAAGACGUAUCUUAUCCCUUUUCUAAGUGGCCUAAUGUUACAAAGUAAGCCAGCUAGCACAGCAGUGAUGCUUCACAUUAUGUUUAAAGUGCAGAAAAUCCUAGGUAUGAAGGGAAGGAGCAUGCAUGUUCACGUGGAGUGUGUGCGUGUGUGUAUGUUGAGACAUGCGAACACAUAAGACUUAUGUAAUUGAUCAAACGUAUCAAAUGAAAGGGUGAGACCCGAUUAACUCUUAUUUCACAUGUAUUAUUUAUGCUUGUUUAGUUUUGAUAUGAUCAGAGUUUUGAUAUAUUUAAUGAGGCCAAAUUUUCUUAAAGAAAAAUAAUGGCUAAAAGACCAGACAGGAAAACGAUGGUGUGUGUGUUAGAGGCACAAGUCGCGCGCUGUCUGAAUAUGUGUCUUUCCAGCAGUCGGAGGUCGAUCCCAGUAAGAAAGGUCAGAUUUUGCUCCUCCAGGUGAGGCAACGUGGCCAUCGAGCCAGAAGUAGGACCUGCUCUCCGCGCAAAGACUGCAAUUCACUGUCUGAAAUGCCACAAAGUUAAUCUGUGUGUGAGUGAGAGAAAGUGUGUGUGUGUGUGUGUGCGCGCGCGCGUUUGCAAUUCAGAUGUUCAUUUCAAAAGUGCUUCCUAUUUUUCUAGGUCAAAUGGGUCCUAGUUGUUAAGGUAGCAGUAUCAACCAACUGUAAACAAACCACCCAUCUUGUCUCAUUCUAAAGUGAGCCAACCGUGUUUGUACAAAGCCCAUUGUACCACAGUAUAAUCACAUGACACGCAUGCGGACACCAGGGAACUGAUGCUUUUGUCUCUUUUUUUUUUUUUUUAAACAGGUUUAAUCUGUUCCCAUGUUGCAUUGAAACUCUCCGGUGUUACAAAAUACUGACUUUUGGUACAAUACUGGUCGUUGUACUGUGUUUUUAUGUCCUUUUUAGAGAAGAGAGGUUUAUUGACAGUAUUGAGACAAAAGGACUGAAAACUGGGACUGUUUCCUCCUCACUGUGUGUGCACUAUCGCUGCCUCCAAAUGAAGCAAACAUUUAACGGUCAUACAAAAAAGACCCAAUUUAUAAUAUUUUGUAUCCAUCUUUAAUUUAUUAAUUAGUGAGAACAAUGACUCUUUAUGGACAUUGUGUGAUUAUAAUUAUGCACUUACAACAAGGCCCUUAUACUGUGUUUUUUAUUUUAUUUAUUUAUGUUGAUUGACAGGCACCGUUUUUGUCUUUUCUGUUUCAGUGAUCAGCCUUAAUUUCUAAUAUGAUAGUCGAGCACAACAGCAGUCUCAGGGGAAAAGAAGUGUGUGUGUGUGUUUGUGUGUGUGUGUCAGAGAGUAUGACUGACUUCAUGUGACCUAUGGCUUUGUCUCUCACUGUAAAUAAAACCCCAGUCACCAGGAUGGGCCGUGGUGGUAAACAGGGGAUUCGUACGUUUGCUCCUAUUGGACAUCUCCGCCCUCAAUACUUCGAUGUAACAAGGUGUUUCUGUCAGCUGCUUGAAUGUGGAGACAAUCCUGAACCAGUUUACCAUCAAAUACUUGUUCUAAUAACAGAAUAUCGGGACAGCGUGUGUGUAGUUUGAUUAUUUGUAUUGAUCUGACAACGUUUUGUGCCAUUGGACAACCAUAGCUAUGGAUAUAUUCCAGCUAUUUGUGCCAGUUAAACGUAGUAUUUCCUUUUCCGUUGGUCAAUAGGAAGUUCAAAGAGGAGGCAUAAAAGUAAUAAUAGUUCAGACUUGUUGCCAUUUCAUGUAGAUGACGGUUAUUUCAGUAUUUUUUGCUUUGGAACUUGUAUUUGAAUUGAAACGUGUGUCAAAUGAUCGACUACUUAUUUAUGUUCAUGAUAUUAACAUAUCAAUAUAAUGCUCCUGGUAUAGCAGGGAUAUAGAAACCAGAAUGUUGAAUUAUGGUUCAUUGCUAAACUCUAAAGUCACAUGCAAAUUCUGCAGCUUGUGACGUAGUUAUAUUCAGAGAAAAAAAAAACAUUCACUUCAUUUGUACAUAGAUGAAUGUUUCCCUAAUGUAAAAUGUAAACACAUACACCCAAUCAAAUAACCUAUUAAGCAAGUAUACAUUUUGUAAUUUAAUGUUAUCACACUGUGGAUGUUAUGGCACGUGUAUGAGCUCUUAUCAGCAUUAAAAAAAAAAAGA